GGGGCGGGCGGGGGCGAGCGGCUCCUUGCCGCGGGCUGCGCCGCCCCGGGGGGGCCGGGCCGGGCCAAGGCGGGGAGGGGGCGGGCGCGGCGCCCCCCGUCGGGCUAUAAAGCGGCGGCGGCGGCGCCCCGCAGCGCUGCGGUCCCACCGGCACCAUGCGCGCCGCCCGCUGCCUGGGGCUGGUGCUGGCGCUGCUCUGCCUCUGCCGCCCCGCCGCGCCCUGGUACCGGCAGGCGGCCGGGCCCCGCCUCUACUCGGUGGGCAGAGCCUCGGGGCUGCUGUCCGGCCUCCGCCGCUCGCCCUACAUCCGCCGCUCCGACGCUGCCGAGAGCCGUCCCGGAGCGCUGCCGCCCGGCUCGGCCCGGCCCCCCGUGCUGCCCCGCACCGCGGCACCGUGCGUGAUGGAUGUCGCCCCCGAGCCGCGGAGCUGCCAGGCGCUGCUGGGAGUCCCCGGCACUCUCCAGUGCAAAGCAGACGUGACCUUGUCCCUGGACCCCAGGGAGUGCGUGGAUGCCUGAGCCAGCACCUGUGGCUCUGCAGCAACAAUAAAUGCACUUGGACUGGAA